CAGUUGGCUUUUGAGUGGAUAAUUGUUGCAGUGAGAGCAGUGACGUUCAAACAACUCUUGCCUGUCUGAAUUGCUUGAAACAGCACCAUGAAAAGGAAUACCUGUGAUUUGCUUUCUCGGAGCAAGAGUGCCUCUGAGGAAACACUGCAUUCCAGUAAUGAAGAGGAAGACCCUUUCCGAGGAAUGGAACCCUAUCUUGUUCGGAGACUUUCUUGUCGCAAUGUUCAGCUUCCCCCUCUCGCCUUCAGACAGCUGGAACAAGCUGACUUGAAAAGUGAAUCAGAGAACGUUCAAAGACCGACCAGCCUCCCUCUGAAGAUUCUACCAUUGAUUGCGAUCACUUCUGCAGACUCCAGUAGUUUUGAUGUGGACAAUGGCACAUCUUCGGGACGGAGUCCCUUGGAUCCCAUGACCAGCCCAGGAUCUGGGCUAGUUCUCCAAGCAAACUUUGUCCACAGUCAACGUCGGGAGUCCUUCCUGUAUCGAUCUGACAGCGAUUAUGACCUCUCACCAAAGUCUAUGUCCCGGAACUCCUCCAUUGCCAGUGACAUACAUGGAGAUGACCUGAUUGUGACCCCGUUUGCACAGGUCUUGGCCAGCCUGCGAACCGUACGAAACAACUUUGCUGCAUUGACUAAUUUGCAAGACCGCGCACCUAGCAAAAGAUCACCCAUGUGCAACCAACCAUCCAUCAACAAAGCCACCAUCACAGAGGAGGCCUACCAGAAACUGGCCAGCGAGACCCUGGAGGAGCUGGACUGGUGUCUGGACCAGCUAGAGACCCUGCAGACCAGGCACUCCGUCAGUGAGAUGGCCUCCAACAAGUUUAAAAGGAUGCUUAAUCGGGAGCUCACCCAUCUCUCUGAAAUGAGUCGGUCUGGAAAUCAAGUGUCAGAGUAUAUAUCAAACACAUUCUUAGAUAAGCAACAUGAAGUGGAAAUUCCUUCUCCGACUCAGAAGGAAAAGGAGAAAAAGAAAAGGCCAAUGUCUCAGAUCAGCGGGGUCAAGAAGUUGAUGCACAGCUCCAGUCUGACUAAUUCCAGCAUCCCGAGGUUUGGGGUCAAAACUGAGCAAGAAGACGUCCUUGCCAAGGAACUAGAAGAUGUGAACAAAUGGGGUCUUCACGUUUUCAGAAUAGCGGAGUUGUCCGGUAACCGGCCUCUGACUGUUAUCAUGCACACCAUUUUUCAGGAACGGGAUUUAUUGAAAACAUUUAAAAUUCCAGUAGACACUUUAAUUACAUACCUUAUGACCCUGGAAGAUCAUUACCAUGCUGACGUGGCCUAUCACAAUAACAUUCAUGCUGCAGACGUUGUCCAGUCCACACACGUGCUGUUAUCCACACCUGCUCUGGAGGCUGUGUUUACAGAUUUGGAGAUUCUUGCAGCAAUUUUUGCCAGCGCAAUACAUGAUGUCGAUCAUCCUGGUGUGUCCAAUCAGUUUCUGAUUAAUACAAACUCUGAACUUGCCUUGAUGUACAAUGAUUCUUCAGUCCUGGAGAACCAUCAUUUGGCCGUGGGCUUUAAGUUGCUUCAGGAAGAAAACUGUGACAUUUUCCAGAAUUUGACCAAAAAGCAAAGACAAUCAUUAAGGAAGAUGGUCAUUGACAUUGUACUUGCCACAGACAUGUCAAAACACAUGAAUCUACUGGCUGAUUUGAAAACUAUGGUUGAAACCAAGAAAGUGACAAGUUCCGGAGUUCUCCUUCUUGAUAAUUACUCUGAUAGGAUUCAGGUCCUUCAGAACAUGGUGCACUGUGCCGACCUGAGCAACCCCACAAAGCCUCUCCAGCUGUACUAUCAUAUAUAUAAAUUUAAAUCAACUCAAUGUAUCAGAUACAGUUACAGGAUCUCGUUACCCUUUUGCAUUGUUCUUAGUCCCAGUCCUGCACUCAAGUUGGUUUCUUUUGACCAGGUGGGCUUCAUAGACUACAUCGUCCAUCCUCUCUGGGAGACGUGGGCAGACCUCGUCCAUCCUGACGCCCAGGACAUUUUGGACACUUUGGAGGACAAUCGUGAGUGGUACCAGAGCACAAUUCCUCAGAGCCCCUCCCCAGCACCUGAGGACCAGGAGGAGGGCCGGCAGGGUCAAACCGAGAAGUUCCAGUUUGAGCUGACUUUAGAGGAAGAUGGCGAGUCGGACACGGAAAAGGACAGCGGAAGUCAAGUGGAGGAGGACACUAGCUGCAGUGACUCCAAGACUCUCUGUACUCAAGACUCAGAGUCCACCGAGAUCCCCCUGGACGAGCAGGUGGAAGAGGAGGCGGUGGUGGAGGAGGAGAACCAGCCCGAAGCCCACGUCAUAGAAGAUCACUCCCCCGACACGUAACAGAGCAAAGACCUCCACGCCUUUUGUUUUUCGUUUUUCGGGUUCUUUUUCAAGUAGAGAAGUUUGUUUCCAAAGUGCAUGUCACUUGCCACAACCAUGGUCACACCUCACUGUCAUCCGCCAGGACGUUUGUGGAACAAAACCGACCUUGACGACUCAGUCUGGCGCUCAGGAAUAUCGUCACCCGUUUUUUCACCUCCGUGUCAUCUGAGCAAGGGGGACAUCUUCGCGAACAGCAUUGGCCCCUGGUGGCCGCGUGGGAAAGCUAACCAAGCAGAGAAAAUCAACUCCAAAGCGUUUUCUAGGGAGUGGGGCUCACCACGCAGUCCCGAAGUUGACGUGAUUUGGAGUUUCUUUUCUUUUCCUUUGUUUGCAAUAUUUUCAGCAGAAAGAAGGCAUCACAUGAGCAGAGUGAACUAAUGGGUGAAGCAACAGGUGGGUCAGGAACAGGACACCAUGUGAAUCUGUUACCAGGAAGAAGAUGAGCCACAGAAAUUGCAUCAUUUUCUAAUUUCAAGUCUUCCUGAUACGUGACUGAAUAAGUGCGGUUCACGCGAGCUGCACUGACCUCUACGUGUUGUAUGAUAAUGUAAAACAGAUUUUUUGUAGAGCUUACUUUUAUUAUUAAAUGUACUGAGGUAUUAUAUUUAAAAAAAAAAACUGUUCAGAACUCCAUCUGCCACUGGUUAAUUUUUUUUCUAAGGAGUAACUUGCAAGUUUUCAGUACAAAUCUGUGCUACACUGGAUAAAUCUAAUUUACGAAUUUUCUUGCACCUUAGAGUUCCUAGCAAGUAACUGAUUUGUAGUGAUCCAUUGUUUUAUAUACCAGUGACUUCCAUAUUUUAAAAACAAAAAUCCACAUUAUGUUGCAGGAAACCCUUUUUGUAAGGUCUUCAUUUACCAGCUUUUGUUUCACUCUUUUCAGAGACACAGAGUUGCUCCACAUUUCUCUUCACGGUGUGCAAAGUGAAUCCUUGUUCAGUAGUCUUUGAUGUGCGUUCUGUCUCACGUGUCUCCAGCCUCAUGGACACUCCAUCAUCAGUUGGUGUUGUCUGAAGCAAGUGAGAGAUACAUAAAUACCCAGUAGCUAAAAUGGUCCGUCUUUUUUAGAUACUUUCCCACUUAGUGUCUUCUGAUAACUUUCUGCUGUGUCGAUAGAUAUGCCUCGUUUCACAAGUGCAUGUCCUUGUAACAACCCACCCAUUUCAUGUGCAUUUUUAUUGUUUUCACGGUCAGUUAUAGCAAGAAAAACUUCUCCCCCUUGUGCUGCUUCAUUAUUUAGCGUGUGUUUGAACCUCUGUCCACAUUUACUAGCUGGGGUCUUAUCAAAUAUAUCACCACCAUUUGUACUGAUGCCAAGAAACAGGCAGUCAGCUUAGACUUAGCGUUCUUUUCUGCCACGAGGUCAUAUGUAAUGAUGAGCUUUUACUCUUGAUUUGCAAAGAAAAGUUAACAGCUAGCUAGACAAUUUAACAAUAUUAGCAGAAUAUAUUAACGAACACCAGUACCACGAAUGUGCUUUUGUUUCUGUGAUUUCACCAUGAGAUUAAGAACUGUAUGAGGAAUAGUCUUGAGAAGUGAUUUUAAGUGUAGCAAUGACUCUUCCUUGACGGACAGCCAUGUAACAUGUAGGACUUGCUUUAUUGGUCUUGUGGAGGAAGACUUCUUUACACAGAAGGAAGUUGGUGAUACCUCUGGGACUGAAGGUUUGGCAGUAAAAUGCCAUUUUAAAAUACUGGGUUGGGUAAGAAGGCUAGAUCAGAAUUUAGAGCUCACCUUUGGCUGAAUUUAGCAUCAAGAACUGUGUUACAAUUUGAGACCGAGUCCCAGUAUCUACCUUCAGUUGGCAUCGUGGGGCGUUUGUUUAGUUUGGAGUUUCCUUCCAUUUCAGCUCUUAAUAAAGUGUUUACCUUCUCUGAAGAGUUUGGAGCCCACAUAAUCAUUUUUUCACAGUAAUGUCCAAGAACUCAAGUAGAGGCUAAAGGAGUAUCUGACCAAAUGGAAAAUAAAUAAAACAAUAAAGGAAAUUGUAACCCUGAAAAGCAUUUAUAUUGGGGAUGUGUCAAGGAGCUUCUGGGGAUUAAUAAGUCAUCAGCCGGAAAAGUGCCCCAGGCUGAAGAUACUACUUUAAUCCCCUGAGAUCCACUGAUGUUUAGAAACUUUGAUAGAAAAAUGACAUAGCUCUGAUCUUUCACAUAGAACACAGGUUCGGAAUUGACCAAUUAAUUACCAGAUUUCCACCCUCCUCUCCUUGUAAAAAUCAGACUGUAGUCUUUCAAAUACAGUCCCAUGUUUGGCAAGUGCUUUGACAAGAACGCUGCAAAACUUGUUUCUGUUUUAAUUUUACUUGUCCCUGAUGGAGGUCUAGAAGAAAAGGCAAAGAAUCUAGGGUUCAUUCCUUUUUUCAAAAUAUUCUCAUUCCCUCCCCUUCCUAAUGCUUGGGAUCCUCACCACCACUAAAUGAGCCUAGAAUCUUAAUAAUGGAAAAAAAAAUGAGAAUGGCAAUAUGUCACAAACAAAUCCAGACCUGAAAAGGUUCAUAACUACACUAUAAAAGAGAGGCUUUUAGAAAAAAUGUGUUGAUUUUAAAUGGUCACAUAUUGUGAAGAUACCCACCAAUGGACAAUCACCUUAUAGAAAAGGAUAAGAUCUGAAAGACAGGGACAACACACUGUACAAUCUGCUUCUCCCUUCUUUCUCUCUCCCUCCUGCCUCGCCAAAGUGUGCUUCGGAAUUAUGUACUGCUUUAAAAAGAACAUCCUUUUACAAGUGGCUUUACAUUUCCUAAAAUGCCAUAAGAAAAUGCAAUAUCUGGGUACUGUAUGGGGAAAAAAUUGUCCAAGUUUGCAUAAAACCAGUACAUUUCAGCUUGCAAGUUACUAAACACAGAAUGCUGUUUGAAUUUUCUUUUCUUUUGCGUCACUUAAAGUUCACAAGAAAAUAAUGUAGAUAGAACAAAUUGCAGACAAGGAAAAAAAACUUGAAUGAAGUGGAUAUUACAGAAAGCUUUAUGAUAAUUUUUGAAUGCAUUAUUUAUUUUUUGUGCCAUGCAUUUUUUCUCACCAAAUGACCUUACCUGUAAUACAGUCUUGUCUGUCUGUUUACAACCAUGUAUUUAUUGUAAUGUACAUACUGUAAUGUUAAUUGUAAAUUAUCAGUUCUUAUUAAAACAUCAUCCCACGAUGGGAUGGUGUUGAUAUAUUUGGAAACUCUUGGUGAGAGAAUGAACGGUGUGUAUACAUACUUCUUGUACAUUUUCUUUUCUCCUAUAAUAGAGUCUUGUCACCUUAGAGCUUGUUUAUGGAAGAUUCCAGAAAACUAUAAAAUACAUAAAGAUAUAUAAAUUAAAAAAAAAACAUAGCUGCAGGUCUUUGGUCCCAGGGCUGUGCCUUAACUUUAACCAAUAUUUUCUUCUGUUUUGCUGCAUUUAAUAAGUAAGGUAACGAUGGGGCUAGGGCUGGGCAUUUUACGUCCAAGCUUUGAAUCCAUUGGCUUUCUGUCAGUAGCUGGAUUUUACAGAACCACAGACAACCCUCUGGAACAUUCUGAGAUGCUUCUGAGAUACAAGGCCUGAAGGACUCUUUGCCAUGAAGCAACGUGGUGAGUGUGAUGGUGGUUUUCCCGUCAGAUACUGAGUGGCUUCAGUUACUUAUAUUUGAUUGCUUUUUAUUUGCAGACACUACUGGCAAAAUAAUAUUGUUGUCCUGUGAUUAUAAAAAAUAUUUAAACUUCUAGAGCACGUGGGCAAAUGAACUUGAUUUGAAAGUAGAGCCAGAGGUCACAUGUAUUAGUAGUUUAUUCCUUGGCUUCCUGCCAUGGUAAGAAAGUAUAUAAUAUGAAAAAGGUCAUUUUUUUAACCCUGGAAUUUUUCUUCAACUGAGAGCAACCAAAUUUGCUUAUAUACGUGAAUCCUUACGUUUAAACACAAAGUUUUAUAUGACGCCAAUUCACAGAGCAUAACGGAUUCACCAUUCGCUAGAUUGUAGAUUCUGCAAAAUCUACAUUGCUCUAGAAUUUUAACAUUUAGCCUUGCAUACUGGCCAGCUUCUGAAACCUAUGAAAAAUUCCCAGUGGGUCAUGCAGAAACUUCCUUCCACUGCUGCCCAGCCCUCAGAACAUGUGACUUUGUGAAAGGAGAAAUACUUUUUUCUAAGAAAAAAAAAAAUGAGCCUCCUUUUAUUUUACUUUAUUUUUUUGACACAAACUGUAGAUUUUAGCAGCCCUGGCCCAAAGGAAUUUGAUUACUUUUGUUUUAAACAGUACAAAGGGGACACUAUAAUUACAAAAAAAAAAUCCUUACUGAUUUUAGUUAUUUUUAAUUUUAUUUCUUUGGAUAUGUUUUCAGAGGGGUAAGUUGUGUGUGAGCAUUAAAAACGAUGAUUCUUUUAGUGUUUUCUUAGCCUCUCCUACAGCCCAUGGGAAUAGUACUGUACAUCGAUACCUUCAUAUGAAGUUUUUAUAUGCGAUGAAAAUAAAAGCAUGGGUUGAUUCUGCCUA